AUGUACAGAAAGGUUGUUGUUGCAAAGGUUGAUGGAGAAAGAUGUGAAUAUAUACAUAAUGAAGGUAGUGGUGGAGGAGAUGGUGGUGGUAGUGGUGGUGGUGGUGGUGGUGGUGGGAGUGGCAGCGGCGACAAUGGAGGUGUUGGUGAUGAUGCUGGCAAUGGCUGUGGUGAUGGUGAUGGUGGGGGUGGUAGUGGUGGUGGAGGUGGAGGUAAGGGUGGUGGUAGUAGAGGUGGUAGUGGUGGCAAUGAUUGUGAUGGUGCUAGAGGUGAUGGCAGUAGCAAUGAUGGUGAUGGAGCUGGAGUGGUGGUGGUGAUGGUGGGGGUGGUAAUGGGUGGUGGUGGAGGUGGCGGUUAUGGUAGUGAUGCUAGGGCUAGCGGCGAUGGCGAUGACUGCAGUGGUGGCGGCGACGACGACGGCGACGGCGGUGGUGACAAACAUGAUAAAAUGGGGCCAUGCAUUGAUGUCACAGAAGCAUCAUCAAUUGCAUCAUUAGGUGGUAGAAGAGGGGUCUUUGUGAAUGUUCAAUGUUGUGUGAGUAGGUGGUGGGUGGGUCAAGGAGAUGCAGGCCAUAGCUGUUAG